UAUAACACCUUCAUAAAUUCUCCUGCUUGAUCAUCCACCAUCAUCACCACCAUCUAAUUCUCUUACAGUUUCCAAUAUGUCGGAGCACUCAUCCACAUCCGACCUCCACUCCCUUAGAAAACCCAAGAACAUUUCUCCAAGAAACACGCUUUAUUACUCUACUCGCGUUUUCUUCUACAAAUGUUCGCUGCUACUGCUAACCCUUCUCUUCCAAGCUGUCAUUCUAGACUUCAUUUUUCGUGCUCCAUCAAAAUCAGUGUCUUCACUUCGUCAUGAUUUGCAGGUAAAAGCUUCUCAGCUGGAAUCGCAGAAGUGCGAGUACGGGAUGGUGUACGUGUAUGAACUCCCUCCCAUGUUUAACCAAGAGUUGCUAGACAAUUGUCGGGAUUUGGAUCCUUGGCACUCGCGUUGUAAUGCGAUUUCAAACCACGGGCUCGGGCCGAAAGUGACUGGGCUAUCCGGCGUGCCGGAGAAUCUCGUUUCGGCGUGGUAUUGGACGGACAUGUUUGCCGGAGAGGUCAUUUACCAUGCUAGAAUCUUGAAGCACAAGUGUAGGACGACGGAGCCGGGAUUAGCUACGGCGUUCUACAUACCGUUCUAUGCUGGACUUGCGGUGGCGAAGUAUUUGUUCACUAACUACACUGCAAAACAGAGGGACUGGCAUUGUGAGAGGUUACUGAACUGGGUCCAGGAUCAGCCGCCCUGGAGGAGAUCCAACGGCUCCGAUCACUUCAUCAUGCUAGGUAGAAUGACGUGGGACUUUCGGCGGUCGAGGGAUGAAGACUGGGGAUCCAGCUUCGUGCACAUGCCCUUGAUGAAACGAGUCCUACGGCUGGGAGUCGAAAGAGACCCUUGGGACCAGCUGGAGAUCAGUGUACCUUACCCCACAGGAUUCCAUCCAAAGUCAAAAUCGGAAAUAGACCAAUGGAUGAAUUUUGUACACAACCAUAAGAGAACAAGCCUGUUUGCUUUUGUUGGGGCCAAACGUAAUGUGAAAGGUGAUUUCCGGACCAUAUUACAGGACCAGUGCUACAAUGAGUCGAGCUCGUGUCGAGUGGUUGAUUGUUCUGGGACACGUUGCUACGAUGGCACGUCGGAGAUCCUAGAAGCAUUCUUGGCCUCCGACUUCUGCUUGCAGCCUCGGGGUGAUGCAUUCACUCGAAGGUCCACGUUUGAUUGCAUGUUGGCCGGUUCAAUACCCGUUUUCUUCUGGAAAAGAAGCAUUUACCGACAAUACGAGUGGUUCUUGGGCAACAAGUCGGAGAAAUUCUCAGUUUUUAUAGAUCGAAAAGACGUACGAAAAGGUAUGUCGAUAAGAAAAGUGUUGGAGGGGUACAGUAGAGACGAGGUGAGAAAAAUGAGAGAAAAGAUUAUCAGUCUUAUACCAAAAUUCGUGUAUAGUAUUAGUGAUGAAGAGGGGAGUCCUAAAGAUGGUUUUGAUCUUGCUAUUGAUGGAGUGUUGAAGAGGUUUCUGGAGCAAAAAGGGAAGAAGAAUGGCAAGGAUGAAAUUUGAGUACGUAGAAGGUUGGAGAACAAUCCAGAACUUUUAUGUGUUAAAGAUUUCUUACAUGUGUAGGUUGAUAACUGAAGACAUGUUAUACUUACACAAUCAAGGUUCAAAAGCUGAGAAACACCAGAAAGAGGUACCAUAGUGUGUAAUAAUACUGCUCAGGUAAAUAGGUUCCAAUUUUCUAUUUCAAACCUUACUUCAUCUUUUAUUCC